CUCUAUGGGUCCGGGGUUCCCCGGCCGUGGGGGGGUCCCCGGGGGGGUCCCUGGCGGCGCGGAUUGGGCAGGGCCGGGCGCUGAGGGCGCUUGGGGGGUGGGAGCUGGUGCGGGCCCUGCUGGUGCUGCGGCUCUGUGCCCACCCCUGGCUGGUGGACAACGCCGAGAUGGUGCUGCGGGGGUCGCAGCGGGUGCUGCCCCUCCCCCUUUGGCGGGGGCUGCUGUCGCUGUCCCUGUUCGGUCACUUCGCCUCGGGGCGUGGCCGCAGAGCCCUGGGGGGCGUGGCCGAGCGGCUCCGGGGGCGGGGCCUCCGCCCCAUGCUCGCCCUGCCCCUGGAGGGGGAGGGGCCCGAGGGGGAGGGGGAGUUCUGGUUCCAGGCCAACUGUGGGGCAGCCCUACAAUGUGUGGGGCUGGCGGCGGGGGCGGGGCCCGAUCCUGCCGUGCAGAUCAAGGUGACGGCGCUGCUGAGUCAGCGGCUCUGCGAGAAGCUCUCUCAGCGAUUGGCUGAGCCGGGGGGGGCGGGGCUGACCCCGGACAAGAUGGCGGCCGUGAUGGGCGGGCAGGUGCCGAAUUUCCCCGGGCUGAGCCCCCCCGAGAACGAACACCUGGGCGGGGCCCUGCGCAGGAUCGACCGCGUCGCCCAGGCGGCGGUGGCGGGCGGGGUCCGCCUGCUGGUGGACGCGGAGCUGUCCCACCUGAACCCGGCGCUCACCUGCGUCACCCUGGGGCUCAUGUGGCGCCACAACCGCCGGGGGGCGCUGCCCUGGGUCUGGAACACCUACCAGGCCUACCUGCAGGAGGCCGAGGGGCGUCUCCGGGCCGACUCCGCCCUCUGUGCCCGGGUGGGCGUGGCCUUCGGGGCGAAGCUGGUGCGGGGGGCGUACCUGGAGCUCGAGAGGGGCCUCGCGGCCGCCGGGGGGCGCCCUCCCCCCACCUGGGCCACGCCCGAGGAGACCUCGCUCAGCUACCAGCGCUGCCUGGACGUGGCCCUGGCCGAGGUUGCCCGGCCGGGCUCUCGACUGGGUCUGGUGGUGGCCACUCACAACGAGGGCUCGGUGCUCCACGCCGCCCGCAGGAUGGAGGAGCUUUCCCUGCCCCGCUCCGGGGGCUCCGUUUGGUUCGCGCAGCUCAUGGGGAUGGGGGACCACAUCUCGCUGGCCCUGGGUAAGGGGGGGGCCCAAAAUUAUCCCUGAGUGACCCCUGGGGGACCCCCGAGUGACCACACAGUGACCCUCCCCAAAUUAUCCCUAAAUGACCCCUGAGUGACCUCUGAGUGACCCCUGAGUGAUACCCGCAAAUUGUCCCAAAAUGACCCCCCUGGGUGACCCCCCCUAAAUCACCCCCAAAAUCACCCCAAAAUGACCCAAAAUCACCCCCAAAAUGCCCCCAAAUCACGCCAAAAUGACCCUAAAAUCACCCCCAAAAAUCACUCCCAAAUGACCCAAAUCACCCCCCAAAAUACCCCCAAAUCACCCCAAAAUGACCCUAAAAUCACCCCCAAAAAUCACUCCCAAAUGACCCAAAUCACCCCCCAAAAUCACCCCAAAAUGACCCCAAAAAUCACCCCAAAAUGACCCUAAAAUCACUCCCAAAAUGACCCUAAAUGUCCCCAAAAUGCCCCCAAAUCACCCCCAAAAUCACCCCAAAAUAACCUUAAAAUCAACCCCAAAAUCAUCCCCAAAAUGCCCCCAAAUCACCCCAAAAUGUCCCCAAAAUGCCUUCAAAUCACCCCCUAAAUCAUCCCCAAAUCACCCCCAAAAUCACCCCAAAAUGACCCAAAAUGCCCUCCAAUCACUCCAAAAUUAUCUUAAAAUCACCCCCAAAAUCACCAAAAAUCACACCAAAACGACCCCAAAAUCACCCUCUAAAUCACCCCAAAUUGACCCCCAAAUGACCCCUAAAUCACCCCAAAUACCCCAAAAUCACCCCCAAAAUUCCCCAAAAUGACCCAAAAUCACUCCCAAAAUCACCCCCAAAUGACCCAAAAUCAGCCCAAAAUGACCCUAAAAUCACCCCCAAAAUCACCCCCAAAAUCACCCCAAAAUCCCCCAAAAUCCCCCCAAAAUGACCUUAAAAUCAACCCCAAAAUCAUCCCCAAAAUGACCCAAAAUGACCCAAAAUGACCCAAAAUAUCCCAAAAUGCCCCCAAAGCACCCCAACAUGACCUUAAAAUCACCCCCAACAUGACCUUAAAAUCACCCCCAAAAUGACCCCCAAAUGACCCCCAAAAUCACCCCAAAAUGACCCAAAAUACCCCCAAAUCACCCCCAAAAUCACGCCCAAAAUCACCCCCAAAAUCAUCCCCAAAAUCACCCCAAAAUGACCCAAAAUGCCCCAAAAUCGUCCCAAAAUGACCCAAAAUGUCCCUAAAAUGUCCCCAAAAUCAUCCCCAAAAUCACCCCAAAUUGACCCAAAAUCACCCCAAAAUGACCCAAAAUGUCCCUAAAAUGUCCCCAAAAUCACCCCCAAAAUCAUCCCAAAAUCACCCCCAAAAUCACCCCAAAUUGACCCAAAAUCACCCCAAAAUGACCCAAAAUGUCCCUAAAAUGUCCCCAAAAUCACCCCCAAAAUCAUCCCAAAAUCACCCCCAAAAUCACCCCAAAACGACCCAAAAUGCCCCCAAAAUCACUCCCCAAAUCACCCCAAAAUGACCCAAAAUGUCCCUAAAAUGUCCCAAAAUGCCCCCAAAUCAUCCCCAAAAUCACCCAAAAUCACCCCCCAAAUCACCCCAAAAUGACCUUAAAAUCACCCCCAAAAUCACUCCCAAAAUCACCCCCAAAAUCACCCCAAAAUGACCCAAAAUCACCC